AUGAAUCAGCUUAUCGCUGUUGUAAACGAGCUUCACGAUGCCUUCGCAAAUGUGAAGAUGAACAUCAAGUUGAAUCUGCCGCAGAUUGCGGUGGUGGGUAGUCAGAGUUCUGGCAAAAGCAGCGUGCUGGAGGCAAUUGUAGGGAAAGACUUUUUGCCUCGUGGUUCCGGCAUCGUGACACGCUGUCCCCUCGUGCUACAGCUUGUGCAGCUCCCCAAAACAUCCGAGGAGGAAUGGGGGGAGUUUCUCCACAAGCCAAACAAAAAGUACUUUGACUUCUUGGAGAUCAACGAGGAGAUUAAGCAUCGCACGGUGGAGAUCGCGGGGAAUUCAGCCAUCUCAGAGCGGCCCAUUAACCUCAAGGUGUACUCAAAAAAUGUGCUCAACCUCACACUGGUGGAUCUGCCAGGACUCGUCAUGAACGCUGUGGGGGACCAGCCAAAGGACAUUGACCGCCAAAUCAAGGAGAUGGUGACCCGCUACGUCGCCCCAGUGAACACCAUCAUUCUUGCCAUUUCGCCGGCAAACACGGAUCUCGCGACGAGUUCCUCGCUGCGUCUCGCGAAGCAGUUGGACCCGGAGGGCAUCCGCACGGUGGGCGUAUUGACAAAACUUGACCUCAUGGACCGCGGCACGGACGCGCUGGAUGCUCUCACCGGGAAAUUGGUGAGUCUCCGCCACGGAUUUGUUGGGGUAGUGAACCGCAGCCAGCAGGAUAUCAAUGAUUCAAAGGGCAUGCUGGCGGCACGAGAGGACGAACGUGCAUUCUUUCACAACCACCCAUCAUACUCUGCCAUUGCCGACAGACAGGGAACGGAGUACCUCGCAAAGAAGCUCAAUCAGCU